CAGGCGGCGCCGCGAGAAGGUCGUGCGGGGUCUUCCGACAUGGCGGCGGCAACCUUGCGCGGCGGCUGGUGCCGCUGUCCGCGGAGAUGCCUUGGGGUUGGAAUCCAGUUACUUUCCAACCACAGCCUGCCCCGUGGUGCAGCCUAUCGGAUACUCUGGCCAGGUGGAGAGCUGCUAUUGUCCAAAUCAUAUUCUUCCGGAAACAGAAAAGGCUUUCUGUCUGGCUUACUUGACAACAUCAAACAAGAAUUAGCCAAAAACAAAGAGAUGAAGGAAAGCAUUAAAAAAUUCCGAGAUGAGGCCAAGAAGCUGGAAGAGUCCGAUGCACUCCAGGAAGCUCGGAGGAAAUACAAAACCAUUGAGUCGGAGACAGUGCGCACCAGCGAGGUGAUCAGGAAGAAGCUGGGGCAGCUCACAGGGACGGUGAAGGAGAGUCUCGACGAAGUCAGUAAGAGCGACUUGGGCAGGAAGAUCAAGGAGGGGGUAGAGGAGGCUGCCAAGACGGCCAAGCAGUCGGCUGAGUCCGUGUCCAAGGGCGGGGAGAAGCUGGGCAGGACGGCGGCCUUCAAGGCCAUAUCCCAGGGCGUGGAGUCCGUGAGGAAAGAGAUCGAUGAGAGCGUGCUGGGGCAGACAGGGCCCUACCGCAGGCCUGAGCGGCUCAGGAAGAGGACAGAGUUCGCAGGAGAGAAGUUCAAAGAAGAGAAAGUGUUUGAACCCAAUGCGGAGGCCCUGGGGGUUGUGCUGCACAAGGACUCCAAGUGGUACCAGCAGUGGAAGGACUUCAGGGACAACAAUGUGGUAUUCAACCGCUUCUUCGAGAUGAAGAUGAAGUAUGAUGAGAGUGAUAAUGUGCUUAUUCGGGCGUCGCGGGCCCUGACUGACAGGGUCACCGAUGUGCUCGGGGGCCUGUUCUCCAAGACGGAAAUGUCGGAGGUGCUCACUGAGAUCCUGCGUGUGGACCCAGCUUUUGACAAAGACCGGUUCCUGAAGCAGUGCGAGAGUGACAUCAUCCCCAACGUCCUGGAGGCCAUGAUUUCUGGAGAGCUCGAUAUUCUCAAAGACUGGUGCUAUGAAGCUACAUACAGCCAGCUGGCCCACCCCAUCCAGCAGGCCAAGGCCCUGGGCCUCCAGUUCCACUCCCACAUCCUUGACAUUGACAACAUCGACGGCUGCCCUGAUAUGAUGUCCUCGCCCACUGUCCUGCAGCUGGCCAUGGGCAAGAUGAUGGAGCAGGGCCCGGUGCUGAUCAUCACCUUCCAGGCCCAGCUGGUGAUGGUGAUCCGGAACCCCAAGGGAGAGGUGGUCGAGGGCGACCCGGAUAAGGUGCUGCGCAUGCUGUACGUGUGGGCGCUGUGCCGGGACCAGGAGGAGCUCAACCCCUACGCAGCCUGGCGCCUCCUGGACAUCUCUGCCUCCAGCACUGAGCAGAUCCUCUGAGGCAGCGGCCCUACCAGGAGCUCCAGGGCUGGUCUGUGGUGGGGCAGGUGCCCACGGGCACCACCCGCAGCGACUCCAGACCUCUGGGGACAGGACUGUCCUCCGUGGCAGCCACCAAGCCAGCUGGCUGAGGAAGGCGCCGGGCUGCUGAGGGUGCCCGGUAGCAGGGACAGAGGCUCUGCACAGGGCUGCGGGGACACCAAGGCGAUGGCCACACAGUGCCAGAGGCCCCAGCCUCAGGACUUCCCCGGGUGGGGCGGGGCAGGCUGGUGGCAGGCGAGCCUUAGCAGGCCAUUCUAGGACGUUUUUAUUUUCAGUGCUCUUACUUCCUGUAAGCCUGAGAUUUGGGAGUAAUAAACACCAAAGUGCAGACAGCCAGGCUGUGUGAAGUGG